AUGGCGCCUCCUUCGAGUAUGGACCGCGACAUGGACGUCGAGCCAACUCACGAAGAAGAAGACGACCAGGUUGAAAGAGCCAUCAAUGAAGAAUACAAGGCGUGGAAGAAGAACAGCCCGUUCUUGUAUGACAUGAUUCUUGGCACUGCACUGACGUGGCCUACUCUCACUAUCCAAUGGUUUCCCGACGUCAAAGAACCCCCCGGGGAAAACCUCCGCAUGCACCGCCUUUUGCUAGGCACCCACACCUCCGACGAAAGCACAAAUUACUUGCAGAUUGCCGACGUACAAGUCCCAAAAGCGCAUGUGCCGAAUCCGGACAACUACGAUGACGAGAGCGGCGAAAUUGGAGGCUAUGGCAAGUCAGCAGACAUUGCGCCGCUCAAAUGCGAUAUCGUGCAGAAGAUUGAGCACCCUGGCGAGGUGAACAAGGCGCGUUACCAGCCGCAGAACCCAGAUAUCAUUGCUACGUUGUGUGUCAAUGGAAAAAUCUUGAUUUUUGACCGCACAAAGCACCCGCUGCAGCCUACAGUCCCUGGCAAGAUUGACCCUCAACUUGAGCUGAUCGGACACAGCUCUGAGGGAUUCGGUCUUGCUUGGAACCCCCACGAGGAGGGUUGCCUGGCCUCCGGUAGCGAGGAUAAAACUAUGUGUCUUUGGAAUAUAAAGGAAGCUACAUCUGACGCUCGGAUCGUCAAGCCUUGGCGCCGAUACACUCACCACACCCAGGUCGUCAACGAUGUUCAAUACCAUCCCAUAUCCAAGAACUUUGUUGGUUCGGUCUCCGACGAUCUUACCCUAAAGAUUGUCGACACGCGCAAUAGCGACUUGACCAAGGCUGCAGUAUCUGCUGUCGGCGGCCACAUGGAUGCCAUCAACGCCUUGUCAUUCAACCCCAACUCCGAGGUUUUGGUGGCCACUGCCUCUGCUGACAAGACUAUCGGUAUUUGGGAUCUUCGCAAUCUCAAAGAGAAGGUGCAUACUCUAGAAGGUCAUAGCGAUGCCGUCACGUCAAUCUCGUGGCACCCCAGCGAAGCUGGUAUCCUAGGCAGUGGAAGCUACGAUAGACGCAUCAUCUUCUGGGACUUGUCUCGAAUUGGCGAGGAGCAGCUCCCUGAUGACACAGAAGAUGGCCCUCCAGAACUGCUGUUUAUGCACGGUGGCCACACAAAUCAUCUCGCUGACUUUAGUUGGAACCCCAACGAGCCGUGGAUGGUCGCCAGUGCCGCUGAAGAUAACCUUUUGCAAAUCUGGAAAGUUGCCGACACCAUUGUCGGCAAGGAUGAUGGCGAGCUGCCCGUGGACGAGGUUGACCGAUAG